GCGGGAGCCGCCGUCCGGCCCAGCUCUGCCCCAGUGAGCCGAGCGCUGCGCUCCGCCGAGGGGCAGGGCGGACGCCUGAGCGAGCGCGGGCCCGGGACGUCGGCACCGGCGGGGCGGCCGAAGGAGAAGGAGGAAGAGGAGAAGGCGGCGCGCGGGUCCCCGCGGGUCAGCCAUGGCGCGCCGGCCCCGGGGCCCCCGCACCGCCCCAUAGCGCCGCGGCGUCCGCUCGGUCUGGGCCGGGCCCUGGGCCCUCCAGCCAUGGAGCCGCACGUGCUCGGCGCGGUCCUGUACUGGCUGCUGCUGCCCUGCGCGCUGCUGGCUGCCUGCCUGCUCCGCUUCAGCGGACUCUCGCUGGUCUACCUGCUCUUCCUGCUGCUGCUGCCCUGGUUCCCCGGCCCCACCCGAUGCGGCCUCCAAGGUCACACAGGCCGCCUCCUGCGGGCAUUGCUGGGCCUCAGCCUGCUCUUCCUGGUGGCCCAUCUCGCCCUCCAGAUCUGCCUGCAUACUGUGCCCCACCUGGACCAGCUCCUGGGACCCAGCUGCAGCCGCUGGGAGACCCUCUCGCGACACAUAGGGGUCACAAGGCUGGACCUGAAGGACAUCCCCAACGCCAUCCGGCUGGUGGGCCCUGACCUGGGUAUCUUGAUGGUCUCCUCUGUCUGCCUCGGCAUCUGCGGGCGCCUUGCAAGGAACACCCGGCAGAGCCCACAUCCACGGGAGCUGGAUGAUGACGAGAGGGAUGUGGAUGCCAGCCCCACGGCAGGGCUGCGGGAAGCAGCAACGCUGGCCCCUACACGGAGGUCACGGCUGGCCGCUCGUUUCCGAGUCACGGCCCACUGGCUGCUGGUGGCGGCCGGGCGGGUCCUGGCCGUAACACUGCUUGCACUGGCAGGCAUCGCCCACCCCUCGGCCCUCUCCAGUGUCUACCUGCUGCUCUUCCUGGCCACCUGCACCUGGUGGGCCUGCCACUUUCCCAUCAGCACUCGGAGCUUCAGCCGACUCUGCGUCGCUGUGGGGUGCUUCGGUGCCGGCCAUCUCAUCUGCCUUUACUGCUACCAGAUGCCCUUGGCACAGGCUCUGCUCCCGCCUGCCGGCAUCUGGGCUAGGGUGCUGGGUCUCAAGGACUUCGUGGGUCCCACCAACUGCUCCAGCCCCCAUGCGCUGGUCGUCAACACCAGCCUGGACUGGCCUGUGUAUGCCAGCCCCGGCGUCCUCCUGCUGCUGUGCUACGCCACGGCCUCUCUGCGCAAGCUCCGCGCGUACCGCCCCUCCGGCCAGAGGAAGGAGGCGGCAAAGGGGUACGAGGCUCGGGAGCUGGAGCUAGCAGAGCUGGACCAGUGGCCCCAGGAACGGGAGUCUGACCAGAUGAGCAGCCAGGCAGGUGGAGACGCCAGCGUGGGGGGCGACCGGCCAGCCCCUGCAUGGCUCACCGCUGCUUGCCCACAGCACGUGGUGCCCACAGCACCCGACACCGAGGCUGAUAACUGCAUCGUGCACGAGCUGACCGGCCAGAGCUCCCUCCGGCAGCGGCCUGUGCGGCCCAAGCGGGCUGAGCCCAGGGAGGCGUCUCCGCUCCACAGCCUGGGCCACCUCAUCAUGGACCAGAGCUAUGUGUGCGCGCUCAUCGCCAUGAUGGUAUGGAGCAUCACCUACCACAGCUGGCUGACCUUCGUACUGCUGCUCUGGGCCUGCCUCAUCUGGACGGUGCGCAGCCGCCACCAACUGGCCAUGCUGUGCUCGCCCUGCAUCCUGCUGUAUGGGAUGACGCUGUGCUGCCUACGCUACGUGUGGGCCAUGGACCUGCGCCCUGAGCUGCCCACCACCCUGGGCCCCGUCAGCCUGCGCCAGCUGGGGCUGGAGCACACCCGCUACCCCUGUCUGGACCUUGGUGCCAUGUUGCUCUACACCCUGACUUUCUGGCUCCUGCUGCGCCAGUUUGUGAAAGAGAAGCUGCUGAACUGGGCAGAGUCUCCAGCUGCGCUGACGGAGGUCACUGUGGCAGACACAGAGCCCACGCGGACGCAGACGCUGUUGCAGAGCCUGGGGGAGCUGGUGAAGGGCGUGUAUGCCAAGUACUGGAUCUACGUGUGUGCUGGCAUGUUCAUCGUGGUCAGCUUCGCCGGCCGCCUCGUGGUCUACAAGAUUGUCUACAUGUUCCUCUUCCUGCUCUGCCUCACCCUCUUCCAGGUCUACUACAGCCUGUGGCGGAAGCUCCUCAAGGCCUUCUGGUGGCUCGUGGUGGCCUACACCAUGCUGGUCCUCAUCGCCGUCUACACCUUCCAGUUCCAGGACUUCCCUGCCUACUGGCGCAACCUCACCGGCUUCACCGAUGAGCAGCUGGGGGACCUGGGCCUGGAGCAGUUCAGCGUGUCCGAGCUCUUCUCCAGCAUCCUGGUGCCCGGCUUCUUCCUGCUGGCCUGCAUCCUGCAGCUGCAUUACUUCCACAGGCCCUUUAUGCAGCUCACCGACAUGGAGCACGUGUCCCUGCCUGGCACGCGCCUCCCGCGCUGGGCUCACAGGCAGGAUGCAGUGAGUGGGACCCCACUGCUGCAGGAGGAGCAGGAGGAGCAGCAGCAGGAGGAGGAGGAGGAGGAGGAGUCCAGGGACGAGGUGCUGGGCGUGGCCACUCCCCACCAGGCCACGCAGGUGCCUGAAGGGGCAGCCAAGUGGGGCCUGGUGGCUGAGCGGCUGCUGGAGCUGGCAGCCGGCUUCUCGGACGUCCUCUCACGCGUGCAGGUGUUCCUGCGGCGGCUGCUGGAGCUUCACGUCUUCAAGCUGGUGGCCCUGUACACCGUCUGGGUGGCCCUGAAGGAGGUGUCGGUGAUGAACCUGCUGCUGGUGGUGCUGUGGGCCUUCGCCCUGCCCUACCCACGCUUCCGGCCCAUGGCCUCCUGCCUGUCCACCGUGUGGACCUGCGUCAUCAUCGUGUGUAAGAUGCUGUACCAGCUCAAGGUUGUCAACCCCCAGGAGUAUUCCAGCAACUGCACCGAGCCCUCCCCCAAUAGCACCAACUUGCUGCCCACGGAGAUCAGCCAGUCCCUGCUGUACCAGGGGCCCGUGGACCCUGCCAACUGGUUUGGGGUGCGGAAAGGGUUCCCCAACCUGGGCUACAUCCAGAACCACCUGCAAGUGCUGCUGCUGCUGGUAUUCGAGGCCAUCGUGUACAGGCGCCAGGAGCACUACCGCCGGCAGCACCAGCUGGCCCCGCUGCCUGCCCAGGCCGUGUUCUCCAGCGGCACCCGCCAGCAGCUGGACCAGGAUCUGCUCGGCUGCCUCAAGUACUUCAUCAACUUCUUCUUCUACAAAUUCGGGCUGGAGAUCUGCUUCCUGAUGGCCGUGAACGUGAUCGGGCAGCGCAUGAACUUUCUGGUGACCCUGCACGGUUGCUGGCUGGUGGCCAUCCUCACCCGCAGGCACCGCCAGGCCAUUGCCCGCCUCUGGCCCAACUACUGCCUCUUCCUGGCACUGUUCCUGCUGUACCAGUACCUGCUGUGCCUGGGGAUGCCCCCGGCCCUGUGCAUCGAUUACCCCUGGCGCUGGAGCCGGGCCGUCCCCAUGAACUCCGCACUCAUCAAGUGGCUGUACCUGCCUGAUUUCUUCCGGGCCCCCAACUCCACCAACCUCAUCAGCGACUUCCUCCUGCUGCUCUGCGCCUCCCAGCAGUGGCAGGUGUUCUCGGCUGAGCGCACGGAGGAGUGGCAGCGCAUGGCUGGCGUCAACACCGACCGCCUGGAGCCGCUGCGGGGGGAGCCCAACCCCGUGCCCAACUUUAUCCACUGCAGGUCCUACCUCGACAUGCUGAAGGUGGCCGUCUUCCGAUACCUGUUCUGGCUGGUGCUGGUGGUGGUGUUUAUCACGGGGGCCACCCGCAUCAGCAUCUUCGGGCUGGGCUACCUGCUGGCCUGCUUCUACCUGCUGCUCUUUGGCACGGCCCUGCUGCAGAGGAACACGCGGGCCCGCCUCGUGCUGUGGGACUGCCUCAUUCUGUACAACGUCACCGUCAUCAUCUCCAAGAACAUGCUUUCGCUCCUGGCCUGCGUCUUUGUGGAGCAGAUGCAGACCGGCUUCUGCUGGGUCAUCCAGCUCUUCAGCCUUGUAUGCACCGUCAAGGGCUACUAUGACCCCAAGGAGAUGAUGGACAGAGACCAGGACUGCCUGCUGCCUGUGGAGGAGGCUGGCAUCAUCUGGGACAGCGUCUGCUUCUUCUUCCUGCUACUGCAGCGCCGCGUCUUCCUCAGCCAUUACUACCUGCACGUCAGGGCCGACCUCCAGGCCACCGCCCUGCUAGCCUCCAGGGGCUUCGCCCUCUACAACGCUGCCAACCUCAAGAGCAUUGACUUCCACCGCAGGAUAGAGGAGAAGUCUCUGGCCCAGCUGAAAAGACAGAUGGAGCGUAUCCGUGCCAAGCAGGAGAAGCACAGGCAGGGCCGGGUGGACCGCAGUCACCCCCAGGACACCCUGGGCCCCAAGGACCCCGGCCUGGAGCCAAGGCCCGACAGUCCAGGGGGCUCCUCCCCGCCACGGAGGCAGUGGUGGCGGCCCUGGCUGGACCACGCCACAGUCAUCCACUCCGGGGACUACUUCCUGUUUGAGUCUGACAGCGAGGAAGAGGAGGAGGCUGUCCCUGAAGACCCGAGGCCGUCGGCACAGAGUGCCUUCCAGCUGGCGUACCAGGCAUGGGUGACCAACGCCCAGACGGUGCUGAGGCGGCGGCAGCAGGAGCAGGAACAGGCAAGGCAGGAGCAGGCAGGACAGCUACCCACAGGUGGUGGCCCCAGCCAGGAGGUGGAGCCGGCAGAGGGCCCCGAGGAGGCAGCGGAAGGCCGGAGCCACGUGGUGCAGAGGGUGCUGAGCACGGCGCAGUUCCUGUGGAUGCUGGGGCAGGCGCUAGUGGACGGGCUGACACGCUGGCUGCAGGAGUUCACCCGGCACCACGGCACCAUGAGCGACGUGCUGCGGGCAGAGCGCUACCUCCUCACACAGGAGCUCCUGCAGGGCGGCGAAGUGCACCGGGGCGUGCUGGAUCAGCUGUACACAAGCCAGGCCGAGGCCAAGCUGCCAGGCCCCGCCGAGGACCCCAAUGCCCCAAGCACCGUGUCCAGUGGGCUGGGCGCGGAGGAGCCGCUCAGCAGCAUGACAGACGACACGGGCAGCCCCCUGAGCACCGGCUACCACACGCGCAGUGGCAGUGAGGAGGCGGUCACUGACCCCGGGGAGCGUGAGGCUGGCGCCUCUCUGUACCAGGGACGGAUGCGGACGGCCAGCGAGCUGCUUCUGGACAGGCGCCUGCACAUCCCAGAGCUGGAGGAGGCAGAGCUGUUUGCGGAGGGGCAGGGCCGGGCGCUGCGGCUGCUGCGGGCCAUGUACCAGUGUGUGGCCGCCCACUCGGAGCUGCUCUGCUACUUCAUCAUCAUCCUCAACCACAUGGUCACGGCCUCCGCCGGCUCGCUGGUGCUGCCCGUGCUUGUCUUCCUGUGGGCCAUGCUGUCCAUCCCGCGGCCCAGCAAGCGCUUCUGGAUGACGGCCAUCGUCUUCACCGAGAUCGCGGUGGUCGUCAAGUACCUGUUCCAGUUUGGGUUCUUCCCCUGGAACAGCCACGUGGUGCUGCGGCGCUACGAGAACAAGCCCUACUUCCCGCCCCGCAUCCUGGGCCUGGAGAAGACUGAGGGCUACAUCAAGUACGACCUGGUGCAGCUCAUGGCCCUCUUCUUCCACCGCUCCCAGCUGCUGUGCUACGGCCUCUGGGACCACGAGGAGGACUCACCAUCCAAGGAGCAUGACAAGAGCGGCGAGGAGGAGCAGGGAGCCAAGGAGGGGCCAGGGGUGCCUGCGGCCACCACCAAAGACCACGUUCAGGUGGAAGCGAGGGUCGGACCCACGGACGGGACCCCAGAACCCCAAGUGGAGCUCAGGCCCCGUGACACAAGGCGCAUCAGUCUACGUUUUAGACGAAGGAAGAAGGAGGGCCCAGCACAGAAAGGAGAGGCAGCCAUCGAAGCUGAGGACAGGGAGGAAGAAGAGGGGGAGGAAGAGAAAGAGGCCCCCACGGGGAGAGAGAAGAGGCCAAGCCGCUCUGGAGGAAGAGUAAGGGCGGCCGGGCGGCGGCUGCAGGGCUUCUGCCUGUCCCUGGCCCAGGGCACAUACCGGCCGCUACGGCGCUUCUUCCACGACAUCCUGCAUACUAAGUACCGCGCAGCCACCGACGUCUAUGCCCUCAUGUUCCUGGCUGAUGUUGUCGACUUCAUCAUCAUCAUUUUUGGCUUCUGGGCCUUUGGGAAGCACUCGGCGGCCACAGACAUCACGUCCUCCCUAUCAGACGACCAGGUACCCGAGGCUUUCCUGGUCAUGCUGCUGAUCCAGUUCAGUACCAUGGUGGUCGACCGUGCCCUCUACCUGCGCAAGACCGUGCUGGGCAAGCUGGCCUUCCAGGUGGUGCUGGUGCUGGCCAUCCACCUAUGGAUGUUCUUCAUCCUGCCCGCUGUCACUGAGAGGAUGUUCAACCAGAAUGUGGUGGCCCAGCUGUGGUACUUCGUGAAGUGCAUCUACUUCGCCCUGUCCGCCUACCAGAUCCGCUGCGGCUACCCCACCCGCAUCCUCGGCAACUUCCUCACCAAGAAGUACAAUCACCUCAACCUCUUCCUCUUCCAGGGGUUCCGGCUGGUGCCGUUCCUGGUGGAGCUGCGGGCAGUGAUGGACUGGGUGUGGACGGACACCACGCUGUCCCUGUCCAGCUGGAUGUGUGUGGAGGACAUCUAUGCCAACAUCUUCAUCAUCAAAUGCAGCCGAGAGACAGAGAAGAAAUACCCACAGCCCAAAGGGCAGAAGAAGAAGAAGAUUGUCAAGUACGGCAUGGGUGGCCUCAUCAUCCUCUUCCUCAUCGCCAUCAUCUGGUUCCCGCUGCUCUUCAUGUCGCUGGUGCGCUCCGUGGUCGGGGUUGUCAACCAGCCCAUCGACGUCACCGUCACCCUCAAGCUGGGCGGCUAUGAGCCACUGUUCACCAUGAGCGCCCAGCAGCCGUCCAUCAUCCCCUUCACGGCCCAGGCCUAUGAGGAGCUGUCCCGGCAGUUUGACCCCCAGCCGCUGGCCAUGCAGUUCAUCAGCCAGUACAGCCCUGAGGACAUCGUCACGGCGCAGAUUGAGGGCAGCUCCGGGGCGCUGUGGCGCAUCAGCCCACCCAGCCGUGCCCAGAUGAAGCGGGAGCUCUACAACGGCACGGCCGACAUCACCCUGCGCUUCACCUGGAACUUCCAGAGGGACCUGGCGAAGGGAGGCACUGUGGAGUAUGCCAACGAGAAGCACAUGCUGGCCCUGGCCCCCAACAGCACUGCACGGCAGCAGCUGGCCAGCCUGCUCGAGGGCACCUCGGACCAGUCUGUGGUCAUCCCCAAUCUCUUCCCCAAGUACAUCCGUGCCCCCAACGGGCCCGAAGCCAACCCUGUGAAGCAGCUGCAGCCCAAUGAGGAGGCCGACUACCUCGGCGUGCGUAUCCAGCUGCGGAGGGAGCAGGGUGCGGGGGCCACCGGCUUCCUGGAAUGGUGGGUCAUCGAGCUGCAGGAGUGCCAGACCAACUGCAACCUGCUGCCCAUGGUCAUUUUCAGUGACAAGGUCAGCCCACCGAGUCUCGGCUUCCUGGCUGGCUACGGCAUCAUGGGGCUGUAUGUGUCCAUCGUGCUGGUCAUCGGCAAGUUCGUGCGCGGAUUCUUCAGCGAGAUCUCGCACUCCAUUAUGUUCGAGGAGCUGCCGUGCGUGGACCGCAUCCUCAAGCUCUGCCAGGACAUCUUCCUGGUGCGGGAGACUCGGGAGCUGGAGCUGGAGGAGGAGUUGUACGCCAAGCUCAUCUUCCUCUACCGCUCACCGGAGACCAUGAUCAAGUGGACUCGUGAGAAGGAGUAGGAGCUGCUGCUGGCGCCCGAGAGGGAAGGAGCCGGCCUGCUGGGCAGUGUGGCCACAAGGGGCGGCACUCCUCAGGCCGGGGGAGCCACUGCCCCGUCCAAGGCCGCCAGCUGUGAUGCAUCCUCCCGGCCUGCCUGAGCCCUGAUGCUGCUGUCAGAGAAGGACACCGCGUCCCCACAGCCUGCGUGGCGCUGCCGUCCCCCACGUGUACUGUAGAGUUUUUUAAUUAAAAAAUGUUUUAUUUAUACAAAUGGACAA